UCGCCAGCGCCGCUUCGAGCGUGUGUUGUGUUUUGGUCCUGCGUGCUCGCCGUGCUCGCCUCUUGCGUGCGUCGCCUCGUUCAUCUUCCAGAGACUUUCGGGCGUGAUUUCGCCUUUCCUCCACCGAUAAGACAUGUUUUUCGUCACGCCGCGUCGCUUGUCGCCGUGAUCAGCCCAUCUAACUGCGCUGUUAAACCACCGGCCGUGUUAUAUUUCCAACGAGCGGCGCGAUCUGCGACCCCGGUCGGAAACAUGGCUUCGGAAGAGUGGUGCAUCUACGUCUCGCUGGUGCCGGAGAAUUCGUGCAAGUUCGAGCGACACAAGCUCUCGAGUCUCAAGCUCGACGACAAGGUGUCGGCGCUGCACACCAAAGUGGCCGAGAUGUUCGGCAAGGACAUUGGCGAUCUCGAGUUAGUUUUCCUGGGCAAAAUACUGAAGCAGGAUGACACGCUGGAAGCCAGUGGGAUCAAGAGUGGCAUGACGGUGUUUGCCUACCCUCAUCAUGAGCUUGAGAAGCCAACCUGCACGCUAGACAUGCAGGACAUCCCCAUGAUAGCAUUUGGCACUGCCUUGGUCAAUCCAGCUUUUCGAACAGUGCUGCAAAGCCUCAAGGAUCCAAGCGUUCUGGAAAACGUGAUGGCUGCGAAUCCCGCCCUGGCUGAUGAUCCAGUGGCCGUCGGCAUCCUUCAAGAUCCAGAGCUUAUGACGCUGUUGGCGAACCCAAACUUCCUCCGAAAAAUGGCAGAAAGUCACCCUGCCCUGGUGGAGGCUGCGGUGCAAAUUGCCGUGUCGUUUCAUGAGGAAGGUGCCGCAGCUGGGCGUUCCACGUCGCCGCCGCCCGAGGUGUCCUACUCCCUCGAGGCCCUCAGCGAUGACGAAGACCUGGAAGGGCAGCUUGAACUGCCAGCAGGAGCCGGAAGUGGCUUGUUCUCGCCCAACCGGAUCACGCCUGCACAGCUGGCUGCAGCACUAGCCGCUGCCGCAGCCAAUCCGGGGAGCUCUGGAUCGUCCUCCCCGCCAGCAGCCUCGGGUAGCCCCCUGAUUCCUCCCUCACCUCGGCUGCAUGCGCCACCUUCGACGCCGAGGAACCCGAUAACGUCGGAGAUGCUCAACAGCGCGGUGCAGACGGCUUUGGGGUCCCUGGCUCCUCCACCAAACGCGGCUGCAGUUGCACCACCCUCACCAUCACCUGCGGGCGCUCCUGCAGCUGAAGUGGCAGACCCUGCCGUCACAUAUCAGAGCCAGCUCCAGCAGCUGCGGGACAUGGGCAUUGCCAAUGACGCGACUUGCCUGCAGGCCCUGGUUGCCACUGGAGGCGACGUGCAAGCCGCCUUGGAGCUGCUUUUUUCGGACUUUGGCGAUAGUGAUCCGGCCAACAUGCCCACGUAACUUUUCCUGUAAUCGGCCGGCAGGUGCCGAAACUCUCCUUGUCGUGCUGUCAACUUAUGAAUGUUGCCCAGAUAAAAAAAAACAAAAAAGACAGCAGUAUGACAGCAACACGUGUUGACGUUUAGUUGCCGUUUAAAAAAAAAAAGACAAUGUAUGGACGGUGUUGUAUUUGCAAUGAUGCACAGAUCUCGGAGAUGGUCACAGUAAAUGCAAAGCCUUUACUGCCUCCUUGUUCACUGCUUCUGCCUCGUUACCCCUGGUAACUCCGUCACAUGUGCCCUCUGGAAUAUCCUGUAUGUCGUGAGCUUGAUGUAACUGAAUGCAUGAUGCAAAAAUUUUCUGUUCAGUACAAAAGCAUUUACGUUGAGGACACGUUGGGGACAAGUUUGAUGUCCCAGGGGCAGUUUGUAGCCGAGGCUGUUACGAAAAACGUAUUGGCAAGGGAAGAACACAGUUGAAAGAAACAUACUCUCGCCAGCAGAGACUGAAAAACAUGUACAUUGACAUUGGCUGCCCCGUACAGAUCUCCUCGUUCACAAAAGAUAUGAAUUGUAGUUUUAAUUACCUGUACAAAUAAUGACAUUACUUGUAUUAAUAAUUAUUGCAUAGAGGUACCACAUUCAAGUUAUUGGUUAUGCAGUGUUAUGUAAUGAUUCUUAGAGCGGCAGUAUGAUAAAUUCUUGCUUCUUAUGACGAGAAACAGUGUCCUUUGGUUUGGCCACACUGUUGGCGUUCUAAUGUACUCGUGUGACAUCUAGUUCCAGUAAUGUAGCUUGCCUGGCAAUCUUGAAAAUGGGUACUGAAGAGCUUUGGCCUGCUUUCAGAGAUGUGGCAGACGUGAAUGCCAUAAUAUUAGAAUAUCGUUGACAGUCUAAAAUGCCUGUUUCUUGAUUUUUUUUUUCUUUUUAACUUCCCAGUUUUUUCGUUUUUUAGUGUUUUGUACCAUACUAGCCUUUGGAUUUUGACUAUGCUCGGUGCAUAUGUGGUUGUGUUGCGAGCAUCCCCGUCCAGACGAGUUUCCGUCGAACCCUCGACCUCAUUUUUCACAGCGGCUCACUUGAGCGUAAGGAAUCGUCACUGUUUGUCGUAUCGUGUGAAGCGCCUGUCAGUGGAUGUUGCGUGCAAAAAAUAUAAAGAUGGGGGGAAUAGAAAACAAAGCUGGAUAAUAAAAGGAGGGCUGGCUGCCGUGGCUACAUAUGUCUUUGACUUGACAUUUCAUUCUGUGUUGGCGAGUGUGCGUUAAUUUUUACAAAGGCAGCUGGGGUAACCUAGCACUUCUUUGAUUGGCAAAGGGACAUUCAACAUUUUGGUGCACUCGAAAAAGAAAAAAAUAUUGGGAUUGACAAUGUUUGCAAAUGUACUUUAGCGUCUUUUUUGUUAUUUUUUUGUUCGUUUUUAUUUUGUGUGUGCCACACACUUAUUAUUGCAGGGAAGUGUGCAAAAGAUUCCUUAUGUAGUGUGCAAAGAGGGGAAAAAAAUGAAAAUGCAUACCCAGUCAUUCUUACUUAGAGAAACCAAAGGUAAAUGUUAACUGUAAAUAAAGGGACAACAUUUUUGAGAUAAAUCUUUCAGUGCGUUUACCAUGCUGAGUGAUAGAUUAGAUGGCGACAAAAUGUCAGCUGGAAAUAGGACACUUCCUGCGGGAUUUAGGUAGAGUCCUGAAUAUAGGAUCCUGCCUGAGAAAGUGUUCUGGUGCGAUAUAGGGAUCCUGGGCUGAGCUGGCAAUCUCUGAGGCCAUGCUUUUUGAGCUACUGUUGCCCUCAGCAAGUUUGGAGGGUAGCAUAGAGAGGGCGCCACGCUCUAACAACCGUCACUGGCACAGCAGCCUUUGUUGCCAUCGUCGUUACGUUUUUCUUUUCUUUUUCUUUUUUUUUUUUUUAAGUUGCAGCGACACCAACAUGUGAAUAGUGUUUUUGACGGUAGCAAGUUGUGAAAUUGGGGUGCACCAAAAUGCGCCUGGGGAGCGAAUAAAUAUUUAAUUUUGCGGGAGGGACGACCACACUUACGGUGUGUUGGCUUUGGAAGAAACCUUGCUGUGCCUCCAUUUCAUCUAAUAACGCAACACUGACGUGGUAUUUCAGACACUCAUAUCAGUACCCUGCGAGCACAAAUUCAUUCUGCAUGUGGAACUUCGUCAUAACUGGUUUCCAUAUUUCAGUGUUCGUGAUGCUGGUUUUGCUGUACCAAGACUGAGAGUUUGUCUCUCUUUCUUUAUCUGCUGUUGCAUCUGUGUUUGGGAUUUAGUUUGUGUGAUUUUUUUUCAGAAGCUUUUAAUGUUUUUCCAAAGGUGUUUCGUGAUGUCCAACGGCGUAAAAGAGCAGAGAAGAUGCUUGCUUCACCGAUCGAAAAGUCACGUUCGACCUAGUCUCCUUUGCUAUAGCUGUGCUUGUUAGUCAUGUCACACACUGGCCAUUUCGAAGAAGUACCUCGAGCGUUUGAUGUCCUGGUCAUUCAUUUUCUUUGUUCAGCUUCUUUUUUUUCUUCUUUUCGUUCAAAUUCCUGUGAUUCUUUUUUUUUCCCCCUCUGAAUCGCAGUUUUGCUGGCUGCUAUGUCUGCCUGCGGAGACCAGCAGGAAGCCGAAGCUCGCAUGCGAUCUUUCGUUGUUGUAGCAGCUAAAUUCCACGCAGUGUGCACAGAUUGGCUGAGCUGCUUGUGUCAGUUCGAUCCAGAUGCAAAGCAUGGGUGGAUUGACAAUGCUUGUAAUGACAAAAAUCUAGGCAUCCUUAAUUUGCAUAAACUACUCUAAAUAUAUUGAAAUAUACCUAAGCUCACUGCACAUAUGAUUAAAUAUGUUCAGUGCAUUGCAACGGUUCACUCCAAAUUAGUAUUUUUGGACAUAGUUUUGAAGAGAGGCCUCUGCAAUAAUUUUUUUACCAUUUUAGGUCUCCCCGACACAUAACAUCAACCACUCUUUCCUGUUAAUAUGACUGUGACCGAUGAUACAGUCAUGUUAGCUUUUACACUAAUUUGGUGUUUCUUCUAAGAGUGGAUCAUACUGUUUGUUAAAUGUUACUGUGUGUUGUUUAUGAGUCGUAGUGCUGUUCAGUGGCGACCUGUGUUACAGGGUUGUAGCCUUUGCAUAACCACUAUGUUUUCUGGCACUUGUUGGAAAUCAAUAGUGGUAUUACACACAGACGCCAUAGUUAUUGGCAGUGAUUCUAAUGUGCAUGAAUUGGCCAUUGUUAAUGAUUGACCGUAAAAGCUAGCUCAGAAAAUAAUACGUGAGUGAUUAACAAGACUUGGCUGCAGCACGUAUGCAAAAUAUCUCAGCAAUGCGAGCCGUUUGUUUUCAGGCAGGGCUGAAGAUGUUGAGGAAUACGCUUUGGAGCAUUCCUACUGGCAGCCGUGUGAUGUUCACGUAGUGGGAGAAGUUGGUAUGUACAGGCAGUGUCAAAUAUUUAUGGAACAUGGAUUUUGAGAAACCGCUGGAUGUUUUCACAGCCCGGGCAGCACAACCUGGAAUGUACUCAGGCUUGUAUAUGUGAACAGCAUGCUGUCCUGCCAUCUUACUGGAUGUGGUCCUAAACUGCUCCGAAAUCCCCACGUUUUCUCAAAUCUCACAGUCCGUAAACUUUUGACACUCAGCUGUAGAGGGCGAUGCACGAGAAAACAAGCCCAAGUUAAACAAGCAUAAGGGAUGAGGCGGCAUGAACGCUGACCUUCCUCCUCCAUUGUUCUUGAAUGGUUUGUACUUUUGUCGCUCACUCAAACACGCGAGACCUAAUUUCUGCAUCAAAGGAUGUCUAGGUAGGGCUGUUUUCACUGAUAAUUGGUCCACUUUUACAGUUAGUUUUUUUUUCCUCACUUUUACAGUUUCUGCAAUUUCUUUUGCCCCUGCCCUAUCUGUGCACACUGGGAAGGAUCUGUCACUGCGAAAAUGAAUGGAGGGGUUGAGGUGGCACCGAGGCUCCUGCAGUUCCCAAAGUUGUAACUUUCCCUAUGCAUGUAGGUGGCUUAACUGUCUUCACUAAUUUAAAGAUCUCUUCCUUAAAGUUAUAAAACAUUGCUCACAUAAGCAGCUGGUAUUGGGCUUAUAUAAUGAAAUGUGCAAUGCUUUUUCGGAAGUAAAGUGUGAUCACUCUGGCAGGGAACUUUAUUUUUGGCGCGGUGUUAUGCAGUAAAACCUCGAUAUAAGGAAGUAGGUAAAAUCGGCAAUUUGCUUUGUGAUAUCGAAAUUUCGUUGUAUUGAAAUUCGACCUUUUAUGCAAAUAAGUACAGUCGUCAUUCAAUUUUUCUUAGAUGGAAAGGGGCCGCAGAAUUUUCCCGAUUAUCGGGCAAUCGAAAAAAGCAAAUUUGAAUGAGAAAACAAUUCAUUUUGAUGGAUUUGGGAGUCGGUGACGAACUAUACGGUCUAUCUACGGUCUAUCUUCACAUCGGCGGUGCGUAUUAAGCGAAGCCAGCCACGUUUUCGCUUGCAUCGCACCCCCGCGGCUGAUCGCAUUGCCCUCGCUGGGAGGACGCUAUCAUGAAAAGUGCUGACGUAGGGUAGCGAAUGCUUAAUCUGCCUCUCGCUCCAGUGAGUCAAGAAAACUCGAGAUUACGCAACCUUGAAUACUAAAGGCGUAGGAAGACGGCUUACAUGAUGCCACGCCGUCUCGGCACGCCCACUCUGCACGCACGCGGCAUAUUACCUCUGAAGCAGGAUGCGCAGCUGAGCGUGCGCUCGGCUGCGUUUACAGCCAUGCGCAGCCACGGCCAAGACGCCCGCCAACUUAAAGGGACACUAAAGCGAAACAAUAAAUCAGUUUAGACUAAUGAAGCAUUGUUUGAGACCCCUGCAGGCAGCCAUUUAAAAAAAAUUUUUUGAUUAUUAGGUGAGAAAACGAAGGUCCAAGUAUCGGUAUUUGAACUUUGCGGCGAAACUCCAGGACCAGUACGUCAGCAUGACGUCGGGGAUACCAAAGUAUGUUUUCACAUUUGGGCCGCGUUGGCUGAAUAAAGGUUCCCGAAACUUGCCAUGUUUAAUAUUUGGUUCCUUUAGAAUACAAUGUAGUCAAUCUGUACCGCUAUAUAUAAUUAGUAGGCCCUAGACGAUGCCAUCAAAAUCCAAGACGUCACAGCCCCCAGGUGUGGGAGCUUAAGUAGGCGUCGCCACCCGUAUUUCGUUCUUGCGCUUUUUCUGGCUUACCAAACAUCUUAUCGUUCUAAGAGUGGUGUUUUUGGUGUUGUAGAACAGUAAUUUACUGAUGCAGAAGAAAUAAUUUUUCACUUUAGUGUCCCUUUAAGCACCCCCCCCCCCCCCCCCAUAAUGCCACUCGCGUGCGCUUGGUCGCGUUACUGUGAGCUCGCUCCCCUACCCCUCUUUCCCUUUGCUUGCGCGAGAAGGCGGCACUCGAAGCCACCAUCUUUUUUUCUCACCCUCACACACUUUCACUCGCGCCUAAAGCACAAAGUGCGCGUGGCGCCAUAGGAUCUUACUGCAUUUGGGCUUUAUAUGAAACAUGAUGCGGAUUCACUUCGGCAGUCGCUCUUGUCACGCCGCACAUGGUUUGAGAGGUGCGUCUGCAAGCAGUCGCAUGUAAUUCAAUCAUUUCACCAUAUGCGUCCGUGGAAUUUUCCACUUAUUGGUUCGGCAUUCCUUGCAUUCCUUUGCAGAGGAAGUGAAAUUUCGUUAUAUUGAAACACACUAUGUUAUAUUGAGGUUCUAAAUACAUGGUGUUCUAUGCACAAGAGUUUCUGAAAAGGUAAAUACUUUGUUAUAUUGAGAAUUUCUUUAUAUUGUUCGUUAUAUCGAGGCUCAACUGUACUUUUUUUGUUGACUUGAGUGCCAGGCGCUGAAUUGUCAGAGCUUGGCAUUUGGUAUCUUGCCUUAGUGAUAAGGCUACAAACUGCGAGAUUUGUCAAGAAAUGUAGAUAAUCUAUAUGAAUUUCGAAGUCACUAAAAACGCAAAAAUAAGUGCCCGACUUGCAUGCAACUUGGCAUAGCACUAUGACUUGUAGGACUGUAGCUUUCUGUUCUGAGAAAGCUGAAGGGAAUCCUGCUGUGACCUUUUCCUCGCGGUUCAUUUUCAUCUCAGGAUAUGUGUAGCUUUAUAAUAAAAUUAUCCUUAGCUAUCACAAGAGAAGUGGUUCAUUUUUAGCCUUCCAGAUAGUCAUGGCUGUGUGACCAAAGUCUUGCCCGGCAACAUUUCAGUAGUCAGGAUAGCGUGAAGUCAUGGUGGUGACUAAGGCAUUGUUACAAGUUUGUGACGUUCUGUAGCAGUUAGCUUGCAUUGACUUGCUUGCAGUCAUCAUAUGAAUGGCCUUUAGGCUAUCAAAAUGCCCUAUGAAAGUUCACAUAUAUUUGCAGCACAGAUGCGGGGCCUUUCUUUUUUCUUUUUGAAGUCAAAACAGUUUCAUACGCACAUAACCUUGAAGGGGUGUGAAUCUUGUGGUGGGUGUUUUGGAAGUUGUAUGGAUGCAUAACAAUUUUCUGUCAAUGUCGUUCUUGCUGUUUAUGUAUAAUGGCGUAAGUUUAAAGGCAAUAUGAUAUCUGCUAGAUAAUUUUGUGGAGUGUCAAGGGUUUGAUUGUAAAUAAAAAUUUUGUGUGUUUACAUAGCGAUUGCAACGUAUUGCAACACACAAAUUUUGUUCGCCAUUCUCAAAAACGUGUACUGUGUGUAUUGAAAUGCGCAAACUGUGGUAUCUCUUAAACAAUCCACACAUUACCUCGACCUUUUCUGUAUACUAUACAACAAUCCCACGAAAACUAGGAAAUUGAAUUUCGACUCAACAUUUCUAUAACUCUUGAUGGAGAUUCCAUAAACACUUUGCCAUGUGUUAACCAGGAAAACAUUAAGGUAAUGAAGAAUUCGUUAGCAUUUAUUGUUUGUUACUAGUUGAAGAGAUGACGUGUUGCCAAAAAGGCAACAGGCUGGACUCGCAUACAAUGGAAGGCAUUUAAAGGAGGUUUAUUGUACCAGAAUAUAUUUAGGCUGUGACAUAGGACACUGUUUGGCAGAAUAACAAUACUAAAUUGUGAAUAACAGCAUAAAAAAAGUGUUGGGCACAAAGAAAAAAUCUGGACAAGCAUCGUCAAAAGGAAAUGUAGCAAAUUUUAUAUAUGUGUGCAGGAUGACGUAACAUUAUUUACUAGCUUUGAUUUGUCAGCAACUGGCAUUUAUGCUUAGUUGUACUUGUAGGAAUUUGAAAUCAUCUUUUAUUUUUUUCGCUUACGCAUCAUUACCUUGGUGCCUGUUGAAUAGUGGCAGUCAAACGAAAUGUGUUUCCAACAUAUUUUCGACGUACUGUCAUUUGGCAUCUGCACAUGUCCGUUUGAUGCCUCACUGUGACCACACUCUAAGCCUGAUCAGUAUGGGUUUUGUAAGGUUACUGACUGAUGCACACACUUCAGACUAUAUGCAUAUCAGCUGUGAUAACAAUGUGGCUAUAAUCUGGCAUUAGAAGUGGACACGCCGAUGCUUCGUGAUGUCAAGCUCAACAUAUGAAGGAUCUACUUUCUGCACGGUUGCUGCUUCACAUAUUACUGUGCCCAUUUCACUUCAUGGCACUGAGUCACGCUGUAUCGGGUUAAACAACUCAGAAACGUUAAUUUAAGAAUGCGCAUGUGCUUCUAUCUUGUGGACAUAUCUUUUUUUAGAAUGCCAGUUUUUCCUGAAGAGCAGCAAAAGAAGCUUUGUCUUGAACGUUCCAUUUAAAGGUGGCACUGCUCUUUGAACUGCAGCCAUUUGCUGCUUGCGUAGAAAUUACUCGUACGAUUGUGUGUGUAAUGGCAGCCUCUGCCAUGUUCUAGGAAAUGGCAAAGCUUGGGAAGGGUAGCAGGUGGUUGCAUGCACAAGCUACUUGCCUACAUCAAGUGUAUCUCUAGGGAGAUAAAAAAAUGGCAAAGGCUAGCAUGGACAGCAUUCUGGCCAAUUUCAUUAAGCCGAAUUGGGCACUGUGUAUCUUUUACAGAUCACUGACAUUUCAUGCCAUGCACAUUAAUAAAGAGUCAGUAACCAGUAGACAGUAGAAAGUUAUUUCAAUGUUGGCACACUCUAUUGCAUCUGCAAGGUUAAAUUUUGCUGUUAUAUCUGUUAUAAACCAUUGAAGCAUAUCUUGUGGUAUGCUGCUGGUUUUGCAUUUUCAUCCCACAGUACUGCCAUUUGCAAGUCGUAAUUAUUAGCAUCUUGUCCCUGCCACUGGCUGUAUAUCACAGGUUUCUUAUUACCAAGAUGGAGAUGUAGGCGCAGGUGUAUACUGAAAAAUGCAUCCAAGAGCAUCACUGGUGGUGACAAUGUGAGACAAGCCAUAACACGCUACAAUGUACUUACGUCACACAGUUUUCUUCUUAGAAGAAAAAUCAUGAAAAUGGCCAUCGCAUCAUUAUGUCGCUGCUCACAGUGUAGUGGACAAGUUAAACACGAGUGGUUAUUGCAACAUAAAUUUCUUGCACUUUGGUUGAAUGCACCACCACAAGGACGUUGCCUCAAGGUUGCCUCCUGACGUCAGUAUUCCGUCAUUCAUCUACACUAGUAAAUCUCCACUAUGAUGUGACACUGUUAGCCUUCACAGGCAGCAUUGCAAGUUGCAGGUAGAAUUAGCGUGAAACACUACACCGUGUCGUAGCGGUAAUACUAAAAUGCUUUUGUGUCGCGACCUGCAAGCAUUUUUAGAAACGCUCGAUAAGCUCGUGGCUAAUUUGCGCUUUCUUGCUUAAUGUUUAAUUUGAGCUGCACAAAAUGUGCGCCACUACAACGUUCCUCUCUCACUGGCAAAUGUGAGUGAUGGUAAGGCUAUAUUUGCAAUUUUUUAGAAUUUCAUCACCUACAUUUGUUGAAAGUCAUCUAGACCAAAAUGAAGCAACAAUCUAUUCCUAUUGCUUUCCUUUUUGCAUUUUGUCAUUGGUCUCAAGUGACACCCUUCUCAUACUAAUGCCAACAUCAGUCAGUGCAUUGAGGGAUAAAAGUGAAAUAUAACCAAUGUAAAAAACAAAAGUUGGAAGUCUGCAUUUUACUUGCUGCACUGAAACUAUUGUGGCUUUAUACAGUGAUUAAUGGCUUGAUACCUGUGUAUUGAAUAUUCGGUAUUUACAGCCAUGAACUUUUAUCAACGCUUUUUAAUAUGUACCUCAGAGAUGGGAUUAUAUGCGGACUUUGCACAAAAAGGAAAUAGUGGCACGGUAUGUUGUGUGGAGUAAAUAGUCGCAAGACUAUCGGCCCAAGUAGUAAUUGAGUUGAACUUAGAAGUUGCUGUGAAAGUAAGGCUUAGUGCUCCACGUUUUCAGUGCUACAGUUCAAGAUUUGGCACAGUAGUUUGGAUUCAAUUUGAACGGUUUUGCAACAAGUGACGUUGCACAGAUUCUUUCAAUCAGUCACCCCGCGCAGCAAGUGGCUUCUAAAGGCAGCUACUUUCGUGAUGUUAGAGUUGUUUCACUUUUGUUCAAGCUAUUGUACUUUUCCAUAUUCGUGGUAUAGCUUAUAAACAUAUCAUUUUAGGAGCAUAAGGAAUACAUCUUUUCUGCAAGCAAAUGGAAAUCCUUUAGCAUGAUUAAUGCACCAGUGUAGGAAAAUUUCUCCUUUGCGUGAGCUAAUUAAUGGCCUUGUUCUUUGGACAAGGCCAAUUUUAGCACUAACCAGCCAGCAAAACAUAAAGCAAUGAACUUUCAUAGUGGAGUUUCAUUUAUAGCUAAAUAUGAAGUUUGGUAGCCGCUUAUGUGCACAAGUCGGUAGUCCAUGUGUUUCAACUCUUACAGGAAUCGCUACAUGUUAAAACUACUGCUACAUGUUUAUCUGUGUGCAGAGCAAAGCCACUGAAACAUCUAGAAAGAAGUAAGAUGUUUGCAGCCAGCUAGACGUAAGGAAUUGCAGUUAACAGCACAUUUAUGUAAUAUUUAUAAUCCUUGUGUCGCACGAUCAAGGUUAAUGCCAUUAAGAGUCUGGGACCCUAAGUUUCUUGAUGUCAUUACAUAAAGUGUGAUACCUAUGUGAAUAUUUUCCAUGACAAACAUCUUGACACUAGCUGUAGUAAAUUCAACAAGUUUGCCAGUCACAAUAUUAUUAACAAAUUAUUUAUCAGGCGAAAGUUCAAGAAAUACUACUAAAAAUUGAACAGGCACGUUUUGUGUAGAGCUGUAUUUCAGAUUACUUCAGAAAUAUGUUUUUAAUGUACAGCCAUAGCUGCUAAUGCUGAGAGUGACAGUGUAUAUUUGGUAAUUUAUUGAUCUGUGAGAAUACAACAUGCUACAAAGGGCAUUACAUUUUAAUGACAUCAUGCAUGUCCCUGUGGCAUUGCAUGAAUGCCUUUAAACUUAGCAGUUAAUGUCAUCUAUUGUGGCAUGUUGGCAUGUAUAUUAAGUAAUAUAAAUGAUUUAAGAUGAUCACAGGUCUCAUUUAAACUUUGAAAAAAAAAAUGGCUCCAUAUUCAUUGUCUGGUAAUAUUUGUGCUGUUUGAUUGUGUUUCUGUACAGGAGUGCCAGAACCUUAAGAACAUCUAUAGCUACUUAAUAUUUGUGCUGACGUAGUUCUUCUGCAAAAUUGAAUGUGACAUUUCGAAAGUGUAUGGUGUUUGAACUUGUACAAAAUUUUUCGCAUGCUCAAGAGACCUUACUGUGGGCGCUGUGUUUCUGAAGAAAGAACUGAAUUUUUGUCGCGCCUGCGGCAUAAACACCGAAGGUGGUCACUUAUGUGUCACACAGUGUGGUCACUUGCCGGGUGUUUUGUUGACUUGUCUCAUUGUCCACACAGUUAAACGUUGUUGAGCUGUGAGUAUAAUUUGGGGGUGGUGAAGUAUUUUUAUGCAUUUCGCUGUGUUGAGCCAUCUGUUCCCGUAGUGUAAUGUUGAACCUGAAAAAAAGAAAAGCUGUGUACAAAUUUUUAACUAGCACUCUUGUCAUCGUAUGUUAACUUCCUUGAGAUUGAUCUUUCUGUGACUGCAAAAGGAUUCCACAGAAAUAUGUUUUUUGAACAUGCAAGGCAAUGGGAAUGACAUUCUCGGUGAUUCUCAUUCACUGAGGAUGAUGCUCUCUUUCGCAAGCAGUGGUGUCCGACAUGUAGAGACGGGGGCACGGUUUUCUCAGAGAAACCUCAUUUUCAACAGAGGUGUGUGAUGUACAAGACAAAGUGGCUCAAGGAAGUAAAGUCCAAGACUGUACUGCUGAAUCGUGCUUUGCAUUGCUUGGGAUCAGUCUGGAGAAGUUGAAUAAUUUGGUGAAAGCUGUUUGGCUCUGUUAUAUGUGUUGUUUGUCGACACACACGCAUUUCCUGUGGCGUUUAGUGCCUGCAAGACCGCAGUGUUACUUGAGUUCCGCUUUACUUUGAUGUAUAAAGUGCAAUAUACAAAUAAGUGUUGUGAUGAAAAUGAACACCUUUCUGGCAUGUAACCAUUGCUUGCUUGGACUUCCAUGUUUAGAAUAAAGUGAUAUUUGGUGGCAGCUUUUGUAUGAUGCUAGGUUUGGCAAUGGUAAGGUUCCAGAAUAUUUGUUUUUUUCUUUUUCUCAUAAUAAACCGCAGCUUUGCCUGUGGCAAGGCCCAAAGAAAUUUCAGCUUUACCACUGAAAACACUGCAUUGUGCCCUGUGUUAGGAGACACAUCUCUCUGCUUCCCUCCCACCAUGGUAGUUUUCUAGGCUGUGCUAGCUGUGGGGUGUAACAGGUUGUUUGCAUGCUUUAGCUCUGUCUCAGUGAAAAGCACCAUGGUAGUUAAUGCAGGAAUGUUGCAUAGUGCGGCUCAUCCAUGACUUUUAUUUUGGCGAGAUGUCUAGUAGAAUUGAUAAAUGUUAACUUGUGACCAAAUAAAAGAAGCUUUCAUUUGCAUAAGGCUGUUUGCAGAUACGAAUGUUAGACUGCAAGCCAUUUCUGCUGCUAUUGUGAGAAAAGUAAAGAUGCUGUCGUCGCUCGAGACAUGCUCAACAGUGCAGUUAGCACCAAUAAGUUCCCAGAAUGUUGCAGUUUACGUACUUGUAUAUGCAACAACUCUGCUGAUAGCUAUUCCCUGCCACUAGGAACUCUAUGCUGCCUAUUGCAUCAAAAUUCUGCAAUGCAUAGUCUGCCACGAUUCGCUUCCUUUUUUAUCUUUAAUUCUCUCUGGACUUGGCAUGUGUUGAGCGUUGGAAGAUUGUACCCGAAUGACGUGGGAAGGAAGUGCACAGCACCAUAUUUUUGGAUCCAUGUUACUGUAGUCGUGUGAAGGCGCACUAAAAGCUGGAAUAAACAUGAAGGAAAGGAA